GCCUUUCAUCGAGCAAAUAAAAAAAUGGAAACGUCAAACUGCAAAUUGUGAUGUCUGCUUGCAAAAAAUAUCAAAAUAAAUAAAACCUUAUAAAAUGUUGUCGUCUCUUAUUAAGGAACACCAGACAAAACAAGCUGCAAAAAGAGUAGUUCAAGAACAAAAACGCAAAGAAUGUAUUGUUGCCGCCAAUGAUCUCACGCAAGCUCUUGUAGACCAUCUAAAUGUGGGGGUCGCACAAGCUUACUUGAACCAAAAAAAAUUGGAUGCAGAAGCGAAGUUACUUCACCAAGGCGCUAUCAACUUCGCCAAACAAACACAGCAAUGGCUUGCUUUAGUUGAAAACUUUAGUAGUGCACUGAAGGAGAUUGGAGAUGUAGAAAAUUGGGCCCGGAGCAUUGAAAAUGACAUGAAGAUCAUAACAGGUACCUUAGAAAGAGCAUAUGAAACUACACAAGAAAAACCUGCAGCUAGUAGUAGUAGUCAACAAUAAAAUAAUUAUACUCUA